AUGAACGAAUGCUACUAUGACAAGCGCAUGGACUUUUUCUACAACAGGACAAAGACGGACACGGCGGAUGAGUGGAGAGGACCGCAGCUCAUCGGUGUUCUGUGCUUUGGCACCUUCUUCUGCCUCUUCAUUUUUAUCUCAAAUUCCUUGGUCAUAGCAGCUGUGGUGAAGAACAAGAGGUUUCACUUUCCCUUUUACUAUCUUCUGGCCAACCUAGCAGCUGCAGACUUUUUUGCUGGAAUCGCCUACGUGUUCUUGAUGUUCAACACGGGCCCGGUGUCGAAGACGCUGACAGUGAACCGCUGGUUCCUGCGCCAGGGUCUGCUGGACACCAGCCUGACGGCGUCCCUGGUGAACCUCCUGGUCAUUGCCGUGGAGCGCCACAUGUCCAUCAUGCGCAUGAAGAUCCACAGCAACCUCACCAAGAAGAGAGUCACCUUCCUCAUCAUUUCCAUCUGGGCCAUUGCUAUUUUCAUGGGUGCUGUUCCGACCUUGGGCUGGAACUGCCUCUGUGACAUUACUGUCUGCUCAUCCCUGGCACCCAUUUACAGCAGAAGUUACCUGGUGUUCUGGAGUGUCUUAAACCUGGUUGUCUUCUUCAUUAUGGUGGUGGUUUACAUAAGAAUCUACAUGUAUGUCCAGAGGAAAACCAACGUCUUGUCCUCACACACUAGCGGGUCCAUCAGCCGGAGGAGAACCCCUGUGAAGCUUAUGAAGACUGUCAUGACUGUCUUAGGUGCCUUUGUUGUCUGCUGGACCCCUGGCCUGGUUGUCUUGUUGCUCGAUGGACUGAACUGUACUGACUGUGGGAUUCAGCAUGUUAAAAGGUGGUUUCUUCUCUUGGCCCUGUUGAACUCUGUCAUGAAUCCAAUAAUUUAUUCAUACAAAGAUGAUGAGAUGUGGGCUACCAUGAAAAGGAUGAUUUGCUGCUCCUCUGAGGAUAGGAGCCAGGAGAGACGAUCAUCCCGGAUCCCCUCGACAGUUCUCUGCAGGAGCACGGAUAUCUCGGGCCACUACAUUGAAGAUGGCAUUAUUCAAGGGACAAUUUGUGGAAAAGGAGAUCUUGGUGACAAAGGAAACUCCUGA